AUGAUCUUCGGUGGCCUCGAACUAGUCGCGGGUGGCUAUCUCAUCCACCGUCACUACAAGAGGAAGAACGAGAAAGAGAAACUCGAACAAGAUGUACAACAAUGGAGGAAUAAUACAUUUCCUGGUGCAAACAACGCAAAGCGGGAUGAAAGGCAUUCACAUCCACAUCCACAACGCCAACAGCAGUCUUUAGUACCACAACAAACCUCUACACGUCAAGGCUUGACAACACAGCCGCAACAGAAGCCGCAAUGGCAGUGUCAACAGCCUGCUCCAACCCGACAUCAACACGAGCCUCGUCCCCAGUCUUCUCCUCAAACACAAUCGUUCAGGAUCCCUCGGCGGCCCGUGCCGGAGCGCAAACCCCAGAUCAUAAUACAGCCUUGUCUCCAACGGACCGACUCUUUCGCAACAAUAUCGCGAAUGCCUAUUGCAAAUGGCUCGCGACCCCGGGAUCUUCCCGAAGAACAUCCACCACCUUUCCCUCCUCGACGAACAGUCUCGGGUCUACAACUUGCACCCCAGCACAGUUUGUAUGGCAAUCCAAGCUUCUCCAUGUCGUCGCCGGCGUUUGGUGCUACACCCACGUCUCCGCCUUUGACGUAUGAGCUGGCGACAAGCCCGGUGGACGGAUACACAAAUGGCGACCGUUGGGAGGCUUCCGGGGAUGACAGCAGGACGUCGGACUAUGCGCCGACCGUUUCGACGCAGUUGGGUGAGCAGGAUCCGCCACCUCCUUAUGCGCCUUGA